AAGGGAAUACCGAAUUAGCAGCAAGAGGUUAUAGUCACAGUUUUGAGUGCAUCCUGAAAACCCUCAGAAGCAAAGAGAGAAAUUUUUGGGUGAUGAGAUGAGAUCGGAGAUGAAUUCACAGCACAAACAUGGAAGGAGCAACGGAGGAACAUGUAGCCCGAAGACGAUGAGGGUGGUUAUGGUGAUGAUCGGCGUCUGCAUUGCCGGUUACGUCAUCGGACCGCCGCUCUAUUGGUUCCUCUCCGACACCUUCACCGCCGCCGCCACCUCCUCCUCUUAUUCUUCUUCCUCUUGCCCUCCUUGUCACUGCGAUUGCUCUCUUCAACCCCUCCUUUCCCACCCUAACGGACUAAAUGUCACUCCUUUCAUCGAUUGCAUGGAGCAUGAUCCGGAGCUGAGAGAUGGGUCAGAGAGGAAUAUGACAACUAUUUUGGUGGAGGAGCUUGAGCUAAGGGAAAGUGAAGUUCAAGAAAUACAGCAGAAAGCAGAUGAGGCACUUUUGGAGGCAAAGAAGCUGACUUCCCAGUAUCAGAAAGAGGCAGACAAGUGCACUUCCGGGAUGGAAACCUGCGAGGAGGCCCGGGAGAAAGCCGAGGCAGCACUGGAGGCGCAAAGACGGGUUACCGCCAUGUGGGAGCUUCGGGCUCGACAGAAAGGCUGGAAAGACAACCUCAUAGCUGCCAGCAUUGAAAGUGUCCAAGCUGCUCUUGGUGGAGACACAACCAUGUCUCUCAAUGAUCUGUAGAUGUUCUCUUUUUUUCCUUAAAAUUCUGUCUGAUACAUUUGAAAGUAGAUUCUAGAAUCUAUAUAGCCAUAAUAACAA